UCGACUCGACCCGUUGAUUCGUGGUUCGCAGUUCGCACUUCCCACUUCUUCCGUCGCGGGAGUUACUUCGGAGUUCCCUGGGACGUAGAAAAUACGCGCGAUAUUUUGGCUUAUUUUUUUGACACUCUCACACCCGAGAGACAGACUCUACCUCCAGGUUCAGGAGAAAUCAAUGGAUUCGAUGCGUUUUGAGUUGAACAAGGCACUCACUCGUGGCGCGUGGUUUAGAGAUUCCAUUAUUCCAUCUUCUGUGCUUUCUUCCUUUUGGUUUUGGUAGGCCCUGGGGAAGGCGACGAUCUAGAAUCUCUAUUCUCCAGUGACAUAGAAACAGAGCUGCGUCAACCUCAGCAUCGCUAUCAUUAGAGAAAAAAGUAGAAAAAAAGAGAAAUCACCAAAAAUCACCCUUUUUCUUUUCAUUCUCUUUUCCAGAUUUGGAUUUUCUAUUCGGGUGUUUGUAAAUUUUUGCUUUCGAUGGUUUUGAUAAUUUGAUUGUUCCCACGCUCGACGGAAUUAAGAAUGACUCUGUACUUCUGUCAUUUAUGGUAUUGUUUGUUAUGGAUUUUCUAGGGUUUUGAUUUUUUUCUCCGUUCUAUAAGCCAUUUUGGAUUUUCUGGACCCUGAGUUAAUGGCGGAAGAGGGUUCAGAGAGAGAGCAUGGGGGAUUAGUUUCGAUGGAUUCAUCAGAACAAAGAUGGGUUUUCCAGGAUGAAGAGGAUUCUGAUGUAGACUUGGACGAGGAUUUGCCUCCACGGAUGAGCUUGGAUUCUGAAGAGGAUGAAAAUGGCGAGCAGAGGCUGAUCAGGACCGGCCCCCGGAUUGACUCCUUCGAUGUCGAGGCCCUCGAGGUCCCUGGUGCUCAGCGAAAUGACUAUGAUGACUUCACUUUGGGCAGGAAAAUUAUACUUGCUUUUCAGGCACUUGGAGUGGUUUUUGGUGAUGUUGGAACAAGUCCAUUAUAUACUUUCAGUGUGAUGUUUAACAAGUCUCCUAUUCAUGGGGAGGAAGAUGUUCUGGGAGCAUUAUCACUUGUUUUGUAUACAUUAGUCUUGAUACCUCUGAUCAAGUAUGUCUUUGUUGUUCUUUGGGCGAAUGACGAUGGUGAAGGUGGUACAUUUGCUUUAUACUCCUUACUUUGUAGGCAUGCGAAAGUUAGCCUCCUUCCAAAUCAGCUCCCAUCUGAUGCCCGUAUAUCGAGUUUCAGGCUGAAAGUGCCAUCCCCAGAACUUGAGAGGUCAUUAAAAAUUAAGGAGAGGCUUGAGUCUUCUCUUGCACUGAAAAAGCUCAUUCUGAUGUUAGUUCUACUUGGUACUUCAAUGGUGAUAGCUGAUGGAGUUAUUACCCCAGCAAUGUCAGUUAUGUCAGCUGUAGGUGGUCUGAAAGUUGGAAUAGCUGGUGUUGAGCAAGAUAAAGUGGUGAUGAUCUCGGUUGCAUUUCUUAUUGUUUUGUUCAGUGUACAGAAGUUUGGGACUAGCAAAGUGGGUCUUGCAGUAGGUCCUGCUUUAUUCAUAUGGUUUUGUUCCCUUGGAGGUGUUGGGGUUUACAACCUUGUAAAAUAUGACACAAGUGUAUUAAGGGCGUUUAAUCCCAUACACAUCUAUUAUUUCUUCGAGAGGAACUCAACCCAGGCUUGGUUGUCGCUGGGUGGUUGUCUUCUAUGUGCAACAGGUUCAGAGGCAAUGUUUGCAGACCUUUGCUACUUUUCUGUGAGAUCAAUUCAGCUAACUUUUGUGUUUCUGGUUCUGCCUUGCCUUCUGUUGGGAUACCUUGGCCAAGCUGCAUACCUUAUGGAAAACCUAACCAUGGCUGAUCAAGUUUUCUUUUCUUCUAUUCCAAGUGGUGCAUUCUGGCCAGUCUUCUUCAUAGCUAACAUUGCUGCACUGAUUGCCAGUCGGGCAAUGACGACAGCCACAUUCUCAUGCAUAAAACAAUCAACAGCACUUGGCUGUUUCCCUCGCCUUAAAAUAAUUCAUACAUCACGGAAAUUUAUGGGCCAGAUUUAUAUACCAGUCAUGAAUUGGUUUCUUCUGGUAUUCUGCGUGGUGUUAGUCUGCACCUUCUCAAGUAUAAACGAGAUUGGAAAUGCAUAUGGCAUUGCAGAACUUGGAGUGAUGAUGAUGACGACUAUUUUAGUAACCAUUGUUAUGCUUCUCAUAUGGCAGAUAAACAUCAUCAUUGUGCUGAUUUUCCUGGUUUUCUUCUUGGGUUUGGAACUUACCUUCUUCUCUUCAGUUUUAUGGAGUGUGGGAGAUGGAAGUUGGGUCAUAUUAGUUUUUGGGGUAGUUAUAUUUUUUAUAAUGUAUAUCUGGAAUUAUGGUAGCAAGCUAAAAUAUGAAACUGAAGUCAAGCAGAAGUUGUCAAUGGAUUUGAUGCGGGAACUGGGUUGCAACCUUGGGACAAUCAGAGCUCCUGGAAUUGGCCUCUUGUACAAUGAACUGGUAAAGGGAGUACCAGCAAUUUUUGGCCAUUUCCUGACCACUCUUCCAGCAAUCCACUCCAUGAUAAUAUUUGUCUGCAUAAAGUAUGUUCCAGUUCCUGUAGUCCCUCAGAGUGAAAGGUUCCUUUUCCGGCGGGUAUGCCCAAAGAGCUAUCAUAUUUUUCGAUGCAUUGCUAGGUAUGGCUACAAGGAUGUCCGCAAGGAGAAUCACCAGACAUUUGAACAGCUGCUUAUUGAGAGCUUGGAGAAGUUUAUCCGUCGGGAAGCCCAGGAGCGGUCUUUGGAAAGUGAUGGUGAUGAAGAUAUAGAGUCAGAUGAUGAGGUGUCUGGUUCGCAGGUUCUCAUUGCUCCAAAUGGCAGUUUUUAUUCGCUAGGGGUUCCUCUUUUGGCUGAUUACAAGUGCACUGACAGGGAUGCCACAGAAGCAAGCACCUCAGCAGAGGUAAAUUUGGAUCUUUCCACAGAUUCACCAAUUUCUGAUGUGGAACAGAGUCUUGAGAGGGAGCUUUCCUUCAUACGCAAGGCAAAAGAAUCUGGGGUUGUUUAUCUUCUUGGCCAUGGAGAUAUCCGGGCAAGGAAGGACUCUUGGUUUAUCAAGAAGUUGAUCAUAAAUUACUUCUAUGCAUUUUUAAGAAAGAACUGCAGGAGAGGGAUUGCGAAUCUAAGUGUUCCCCACUCAAAUCUGAUGCAGGUGGGCAUGACUUACAUGGUUUGAGGUUCAAUUUUUGUAGCCUUCAAAGGCAAAUUCCUUUUCGUUUUUUUUUCCUGAUAUGAAGUUUAACAAGGGAAGAUGGAUUUUGUAAAGACCAUAGAUCACUGAACUUUGUUUAGUUGGGGUCAAAACUAACAGAAAACUAAAUGCUAAUAGAGAAUGCAGGUCAUCAAUUACAAGCGGUGAUACACAUGUUUCUUUCUCA